AUGGGUGAUGCAGUGGCCAACACUUCCAUGCCCGAAACAUCCAGCUCCCCACCCGAGCCCCAGUCCUCGGCCAGUGUAGGCGGGAGUGGGAGCGAGUACUUUUACGUCCUGGUUGUCAUGUCCUUCUACGGCAUCUUCUUGAUUGGAAUCAUGCUGGGCUACAUGAAAUCGAAAAGGAGGGAGAAAAAAUCCAACCUGCUUCUUCUCUACAAGGACGAAGAGAGGCUCUGGGGCGAAGCCAUGAAGCCUCUCCCCAUCUUGUCGGGGCUGAGGGCAACCCAGGUGCCCAUGAUGUUGAACAUCCUUCAGGAGAGCGUGGGGCCGGCUCUCUCCUGCACCAUCUGCUCCAUGGAGGCGAGCAGCGUGAGCUCGGAGUCCUCCUCACCUGACGUGCAUUUCACCAUCCAGGAAGAAGUGCCCGACGACGAGCCAGGAGAGACCUCGGAGACGCCCCUCAAUGAAAGCAGCGAGGGGUCUUCGGAGAACAUCCCCCAGAAUUCCUAG